UUUUUAGCACCAACUCCAAAGCCUUCAACUAGCACUACAACUAGAAAAACUUUAGCUCCCCGCUUUCCCGUUGAUCCUAAUGAUCCGACUUUGUAUGCCGUUAGACCAACGACACCAAUGAACGGCGCCUCUCAAUACGGAAAUACUCCUACUACAAUGGUUCCUUCUACCUCAAACAAUCAAUUAGGCAACGAUAAAAAAUUUUUAAUUGGAGUCGGAUCGCUUAGUAUUGUUGUUAUGCUUGGUGCCAUAUUACUCUGUGUCUUUUUUAAACGCCCUCAUCAGAUUUGUGCGCAAAUGGCAGCAGCGGCAGCUGGAGGAGGUCAAGGAGGGGCAAUUGGACAAUCAUCGACAAAUGGCCUAAAAUCUGGAUAUACACCAAUUCCUCCUAAUGAAUUCUCUCCACAAGUUCAACAUCAUCAAAUGAGAGAAUUCGAAAGUAAUAAUAAUGGAGUUGGUGCUCGUGUUGGAACUCUUGUGGUAAUAAUUCUAAUAAUUUUUUAUGACGGGAUCCAUGUUUUUUGUCUAUCGAGACAACUUAAGUUCGGUACAAACUUGCAAUCGAAUCCAAUCUCGAGGUCGAAAACAGCUUAA